CUCCCACUGAUGGAGACGUCGGUUUUACUGGAGGACGAGGCACAAACUCUGUGAGAGAUAGCUGGCCAGCUAGCUGGCUGGCUGGCCAGCAAGGAAGCAAGCGAAGCCACUGAAGCCACCGACGGACGUUCUAGGAAAACAAAAUGCAAUGACGGAGCCGGAAUAAAAAACAAAGCCGCCGGAGGUCAUCCAUCCCCAUUUGAAUUGAACGCCCCGAGACAUGGAUGAUGCCUUCAAUCUCGAGGACAUAAGUGAUGAACAGACCUUGGAAAGACUCGAAUCCCUCUUUGAGUCCGCGUCUUCCUUCCCCUCCUUGGACUCCCCUCAUUUUGGAGAGGAUGGGCACAUUGGGGUCACAUUCAGUGACGCCGGCCUUCCUGGAUCUGGUUCAGCCAACAAUGCAGGGUCAACCAAUAAUCUUCUGGGAUCAUUGGACCCCAACCCUGGAGACGGGUUAUUUGGCCAAACUAGUCAGAGCAAUGCAAACAAUAUUUUUGGCAAUACGAGCUCUACAGAGAGCAACAUUGCCAGCGUAUUUAGCGCCCAAUCCAGCUUUGUGGCCAACCAGACGCAAGUGGUAAACUCACUGGGGACCAACACUCUCGAAUCCAAGCAGUCUCAAGCCACACAUACUUCCAAAAGCACCAAUCAAACCUUAACAUCAACAUUAUCCAUCCCAACCCAGCCUCAGACUCAAUUAGUUUACGCCAGUAAGUCUGUUGCUCCCACCAUGAGUGGACACUUGCCUACUUCCACCCCCACGGUCAUAAGUUCAAUAAGUGGUCAACAACCUGGACUCAUCCUAAAUACUUUGACAAGCCAAAGCCCGGCCUCUGUGCAAUCCAUAUUCCAAGGUGGAGUGGUCCAAUCCGGGGGGCAUCCGAUGCUUCAGAUCCAAUUGCCCCAACUUCAGCAGCAGCAGCAACAACCACAGCAGCAAGGCAAGUUGACCAGCAUAGCCUCGCUCAUUCAAGGGGCUUCACAGACUGUCAAGACAGUACAGGCCCCUAGCCCUAGCAAUGGACAACCUCAGUUGUUGCCCAAGAUGACCAGCUCCCAAGCCAAGCUCCAGCCAGGGAAUAAAGGGACCAUGAUGACAAUGUCUACAGCUAUGACAGCCACGACCGUAACUGGAACCACGCCUUUGAUCCUCAACAAUGGACACAUGUUAACUAGCAUGACGCAGGGACAGACUUCCGGCCCGCUUUUGUUGAACUCCCUCGGACAGGUUGUGGGUUCAGCUGGUCAAGCAGGGAGCCCAAUUCUCUUUCAACAGCAAACCGGGAGCCCUUUCAUCAUGCUGAGGCAAUCAGCCCCCACCCUGCAAACCACUCCUACCAUCAUUCAGACAGCAGGCGGGCAGACAGGCACAAUUUUGUUGCAGCAACCAGGCUCUGCUGGCAUGAUCAAUGCCCAACCCCAAGUAAAGCUAAUCACGCCUCAGGGCCGAAUGCAGAUGCAACAAAUACAAACUCCAAGUGGUCCCAAGCUGAUUGCAGUGCCGGUCGGUCAGGCUACACUGAUGCCCCAACUGCACACUGGUCUAACCACUGGUCAGCACUUCACGGCUCUUUCAUCCGCUCAAAUUCUUGCCUCGGGUGGAACACCCACAAUUGUCAGCACCCUUCCCGGUGGCACUACGGUGAGCUCCUCCUACCUUACCACGCCGACCACCAUCGUCUCUUUGGGUAGCACCAAAGUGAGCCAACCCCAGUUUGUCAGCACCUUGUCAUCAUCAUCCAUCGUGAGUGGUUCCACAACGAUGUCUCAAGCGGUUUCCAAUGUCAAUACCAGCCAGCCACAAAAGAAGAAAAAAUCCAAAAAAAAGAAGAAGGAAUCGCAGAACUCGUCCUCAUCCAGUGGGGAUAAGAAGCAAGGCUUGGACCUCGGGGAGUUGAUGAAAGAUGUCGGUCUGGAUUUGGACAAUUUCGGCAUGGAGGAAGGAGCCCAUCCAACCCCGAUCUCCUUUGACACGUCUUCCAUAACCCUCCCCACAAUUGCUCAAACGGCUGGCACCCUUCAAGCAUCUACACUGUCUAUGAUGACCUCAGAUACCACUACAGGCUUGCCAGUCUCUGGAUCUCAACUCUUAGCUCAAAUUCAACAACCCUUGCCCAUGCAGACUGCCAAUACAAACCAGCUUCAACUUGUUCAAGGCCCGAACGGGCAAUUUGUUCUUCAAAGCACAGCCCAACCAACCACAGCGUACAUCACUCAACAGUCCCUGGGAGAUUCUUCAAGCUUGCAUGCAACGGCCAUAAUCGCUGGUACAAGUCAGACCGUAACUUUACCUAACCAGACAUUGGCACAAGCGUUGACUGCCUCGCCCAUGACUUCGGCGGUGGCCCCCACUCCACGAACGCCUUCACGGAGAGUAAAUACUGAUCCCAACCGAGUACCUCUUUACGAAGAUGACCGCUUACCUCCUGGUUGGCACCGAAAAGUCUCCCAGAGAAAGUCUGGCUCAUCUGCGGGUCGUUACGAGGUGUUCAUCAUUGGGCCCACAGGGAAACGAUUUCGAUCCAAAAAUGAAUUGAAAACUUUUUUCGAGAAAACGGGGGAAAGAAGCUUGAAUCCUGAGGAUUUCGACUUUUCUACUUUUGGCACUGGGAGAACCACGUUUGUCACAACACCAUCUAUUCAGACCAAGGCAAAUCCCGUGUCUGCUCCAAGUGUGGUGGGAUCCACGCCGACUUCCACGGUGCUCGCUUCCAAACCAAGCACAGUGCCGCAGCCCAUUGUGUCAAGUAGACCAAGCGUGUCGUCGCAUCCCCAAAGUCAAGUUUCUUUGCCUCAGACUCAAGUCAUGACCCCCACUAUCCUUCAACCCCAACCCUCAAUAAGCAAUCCUCCCUUGAGCUCUGAGGGUCUGCCUAAUCUUUUACAGAGCAUAACUCAACCUCUUCCUCCGAAGUCGUUGCAAAUUCCCCCGCCCCAUACACAACCCGUUGUCGUUUCCAGCGCUCCAUCUGGUCCCGUGACGCCUUUGUAUCAAUCUCAAAUAAGCAUGGAAACUGCAGAUGCUGACGCACAAAUAUCUCAGCUCAUCGAGACUUUGCAAAAAGACCCACAGCAUUUGACCAUUGAGAGUGACAAGAUGGCCGACUUCCUCAAGAGCUUUCAACAGGAGGCAGAAACCCCAACGAGUGGCCCGCCCAACAUUGCCUCCUUACUGGAUCAAGGAAAUCCCUCCACUUCCACGCCGCCAUCAAGCAGCAUGUCCCCACCAAUUCUAAAGCCUAGCGCCAAAUUGAUGCCUUCUUCCAGUGCAAGUACGGACGACAAAGGUCAAUGCUCUUCGGAUGACGGGUCGAAGCCCGAGAGGACCACUGGGACCACAGGAUUUCAAGCCUCAUUCCUCAAUAGCUUGGCUAAUCGACGGGUCAGCUCAGAUGAAGACAGUUCUAGCUCCAGUCCUGCUACGCCACAACAAAAGCAACAGCAACUUCCGCCUCCUUCACUUACUCCAGUAUCGACUCAAUUCAACUCCCUAGCUGCCCCGGUGACGUCCGUGACCUCCAUUACGUCCCCUCUUGAGCCUCCAAAAGUCUUAUCGCAAAUGUCUCGAGGGGAAAUGGUGCCGGCCACCCUUCCUCCCACUUCUGUUCCCAUCACUGUCAAUCCCAGUAUUACUAUGGGUGGAGCCUCCACCCAAAUGAGAGCGGUCCAGUCCUUGCCUCCCAAUACACGACUGGUCCGAGGACCCAACGGUCAGUACACUCUCCAAAAGGUGCAGACCAUUGAGUUGUCCCCAGAGAUGCAACAGUCUUUGAAACUGGUACAAAACAAGAUCCAAGAGAUUGAUCAAAAGCCCACCAAAUCACCUUUGGACGAGGCCGAAUUGGCCCAACUGCAGACCAAACAGCAACAAAUCCUAGCCACGGGUCGACCCAUCAUUGCCGGGGUGCAACCCCCCACUCCUGGGGGCCAAGGCAACCUGGUGCCAUCUCGAUUGUCCAAUCCUGUCAGCGUUCAUCAGCAGUUAUCAUUGUCCACUGUUACUCGAGUAGUUCCCUCUGGCCAACAAUCAAGUUUUGUUGCCAAUAUCUUGCCUGGUCAGCAGGUUCAACCGCCUGUGGUUCCAACUCCAAAGAUUCCAGUUCCUUCAGUAUCUUUGCCGUCUACAAUUGGACUUCCAGCUUCAAAUAUGGGCGGGAGUGCUGGCAAACCUCAAGUGCCUCACUUGACCGACCAACAGAAGAGGAUUGUGGCGGAGUUCAAGCAGAAAAUGGGUCUCUUGCCGCAAGAGCAGCAGGCAUCUUUCAUUGCUCAGCACAAGUCAGACCUCAUUAAACAGCUCAACUUCGACCCUAGUCAGAUCCAAUUGCUCAAAGGGACGAGCACACUCCAACAGAGGGUGCCUAUUCCAUCUGGAGUGGUGCCGAAUCCAAGUUUGCCCGCAGCCAAAGUCAUCUUACCGGGCUCCAAUUCUCUACCAGUGGUUCAGGGAGGAGGGGUUAGCACGCCGAUUGUGUUACAGCAAGUGGUCCCCACCGAGAAAGAGGCGGUCCCUGUGGUGGGAUUGAAACGCCCAAGUUCUGGCUUGGAUGGUGGUGGGCCUCCGGUGAAACAUAAGAAGACAGCGUGGGUGGAGAGUCAGGUACGGAAGGAUCAGAACGAGGCUCUUAAUGCCAAUUACAACGUGAACUUCAAAAGCACCGAGGAUGCGUGCAAACGCCUCUUACGUUAUCAUGUUUUUGGGGAAUUGGACCCAAAUCCAAUGGAAGAGGAGCAGGCUCAAGUGGCGUUCGAGAACAAGGCCGAGGAUCUGAUCUCCAAAUAUCAGACUAUGAUGGACAAAUAUCACUAUCUUCUGAUUCAAGAAAGCAUGAGAGAAGCAUCUUCAUCAGAGGAUGUGAUGUUAUCCCGUCUUUGGGACUCUGAUGAACGCCUUGCCUUAGCCAAAGAGAAGGAGGAAGUCAAGAGCGGAAAGCUCUUACCUUUGCCUCCUCUUCCCGAAUCCUGGUCCAGCCGUUACGAAGAGCUCUACGGUCAAAAACCACCAGCAGAAGGACUCCAUCCGGGAAAAAUCCUCGAACUCGAAGAAUCUCUGAAACCAAAAAGGGACGAAGAACCUUUGGCCAGUGAACCCGUCGUUGCCCCCUCUGCAGAACCUAUCAAGGUCAACCACACCCCUACCAUCUCCAAUGGCACUGAGACAGUAAUCGACAAUGACGACGAUGAAGAAGAAAAGGACGAAGACGGGAAAUUUGUCGGUCUCAAGAUCUCCCGUUCUCAAAGUGGGAGCUGGAGCAAACAGAAGCAUCCCAGUGGCGGAAGUUCCGGUAGCCGACGCCACCUCAGUGGUGAAGAUCCCUUAGAAGCCUCCAUGCGAAAGCUACAUCAAACCCAAAACCCUCUCCCAGUCACAACUGCUAGUGAAGACGACGGCUCAAGUAGCGACGAAGAGUUCAGUUUGAAAGACAUCGACGCAUCCCAAGCCGUGGGUUCGAUUCUGGCCGAGGACCACCACGAGGAAUUCGACUUGGGCUUUGGUCGGUAUGAUACUCCGACCAUGAGCGGGGAAGGCGACGCAGACUCGGUCCAGAAUGCCAUCAACAGCAUUCUGGAUCUGCCUCAGGGUGAACGCAUGGAGACGCCCGACUUGAGCAACAUCACGGGCCUACUGGAUUCCAUGGAGGAGGAAGGCGAGCACGCCGGUCAGGAUGCGGUGACCGAGGCGGCUGUGAACUCGAUCCCUCGCUUUUGAGUCCUACUAACCCU